GUUACGGCUAGAUAAAUCGCUACAUUCGGUAGUUCAGUGUUGGUGCACCUUACUAACGUCAGCUUAGAAACCUGAAAUUGAUAGCACAGACUUUGACCGUAUUGCUUCUUGGGCACUCGAUGUAGUCAGAUGCAACAACAACAAUAUACAGGAGAAGACUUCAGCGUCGAUGAAACGAAGCCCUGAUCAAGUUUCUGUUCGAACAAGUGUAGAUGUGCUCGACGAGGUCAAACGACAUCCGGCACGAUCGGAUUUCUCGUCACCAGAGCGAAAUCCUAGUAAGAUGCUACCGUCGCCAACUUCACUCAAUUUCCCAGCACUCCAAGCUCCGUCGUUCGCCUCGUCAGCUGGCGGAGCGCCGACCGCAGCUCAGGCUGUACAUAUUCAGGAUUUACAGCGCGAACUCAGUGUCAAAACGUUGGAAUAUCAAUCCUUGCGACAAGAGUACGAUAGGCUUUUACAGAAGUUGGAACGGGAAAGGAUUAGGUGCGCAACGUUUGAGAACAAAGCAGCAGUCGGUGAAAUCGAAAUGAAUUCCGCGGUUACCGAAAGGGAUCAAGUACAGGCCCAGGUUGCAUUACUCGAAGUUGAGAUCGAGAAGCUGCAGGAGAGCCGUGAUGAAGAGAGGAGGAAGAGUGCCGCAAGUGGAUCGCAGUACAUGAAAAUGGUGGCACUAUCGAAUCAGAUACAGGCGAGAAAUGCAGAAGAGAAAGCCAGAUGGCUUGUGGAGAAACAGACGAUGGAACGACGUCUUGAGGGUCAAAGUCCAGACGCCCCUAAUACUCUCGUGUCACCCGUGCUACAACCUUACAAUAUGAGUCAAGAUCCAGACGCUCACAAUGAGCCAUUAGAACAGCGCAAAGGACACAGUGAUUCCGAACACAAGUUUGGACGGUAUCGACACCUUUCUCAAGAAAAUACUCGACUAAACAGCCGUGUUUCAGCUCUCGAGCAAGCUCUACGAAGUGUCAGGUCAGAAAGCCGCGCUGUACACGCCGCCCUUCAAUCCAUUGCCGCUUCAAGUGGAGCCAAUCGGGAAUUGAUAGACUCCUUACUGGAUGAUGGUUGAAGUCAUCGGUACCUUUAGAUUCUGUUCCUUCACAUCAUUUGGUGAUAUAUACUAUACCACACCAAUCCUACCUGAUCGAUACUGUAUCACAUCGAUGCUUUGGACAAAGCCCGAGAAACAUUCCCACAACAAAAGCUAUAAAAAAAGCUUAGGAUAACUCCGAUGAUCUGAACUGAAACAUCAUAUUGUCCAGCCAAGCUUUGUAGCGUCUAAGUUGCAGAUUGGACAUCAGAAUCGUUG